AUGGACACAUCAAAGAAAACAGACCUAGUUUUAAUUGGAAAAACUGGAAACGGUAAAAGCUCAACUGGUAACUCUAUAAUUGGAAGUAAAGUAUUCAAAUCAACUGGUUCCAUGACUUCAGUAACUAAGGACGCCCAGUUUGAAGUUUGCCAAUUUGAAGAUAGAAUAAUAGAUGUCGUUGAUGCUCCAGGAACUAAUGAAACAGAUACUAAAGAAAUGAAGGCAAUAGAAUUGGUUGUAAAUGCAAUUGUUAAAGCUUUAGUCUUAAAUCCCGAAGGAUUUCAUGCAUUUUUGCUUGUUGUUAAAUACGGCGUUCGUCACACUGCAGAGGAGCAAACAGCAAUUAAUAUUUUAAAAGGAAUAUUAGGACAAUCAUUUCUUUAA